AUGGCCAGACCCAGGGUGGGAACAGCUUCUUUGUCAAAUACUUUAUUGAAAUAUAGUGCCAAGGAAUACUUCUUCUGUGCAUCUCUCUGUCAUAUGUGUGUUGAUUUGUUGAAUGCUGAGCAUGCUAUCAAAAAGUAUGAAGAAAUGAAUCCGUCAUUUGCUGAUUCACGUGAAUGCAAAUUUGUAAAAACUUUAUUAGGAAAAAUGGAAGAACAGGAUAUCGAUGGAUUUACAGAUGCCAUUAAGGAAUACGAUUCUAUUUCUCGCCUGGAUCAGUGGUACACCAACAUUCUCCUUCGGAUCAAAAAGUCUAUAGUAGAUGCACCCGAUCUCUGCUGAAAAAGUAACUCUUGUCAGUCUUUUGAGAUUACUUAAAAUAUUUCUGUAUAAUAUUGUGUUGUGUAAUAUGUUUUAGAUAAAUCUAUAUGUAUAUAUGUACUUUAAAACAUAUUUUCUUCCUUUAAAAAUAGCUUUUUGGUAGCUUGAAACAAGAAGCAAAAUUAUUUUUAUUUCACAUUGUAUAAAAUGCUAUUGAAAAAAUCACAUCUGUAAUACAUUCCUUACGUUAGUUUUCAAAAGUAUUAGUUUAUUUAAUAUAUUUUACGUUAAUAUUUUUGAAAAUGAUAAUUUUGAGAAAUUUAUAUACUGUAUAUAUUAGUUAUUUAA